ACUAUAAAUAUUAUAAUUCUCAAUGAUAACAAUAAUAUUGGCAUCUAACAAACGUCGUGCUGAAUUCGUCGGUUAUCAAAAGUGAUGAAAUGAAAUAAGAUAACGAUGGACAACGGAGAAAUGAAUCGAAUCUGCUGUUCAGCUAACUGUUCGUGAGAUUUCAUUCACAGCUACAAAAUAUUUGUCUAUAAAAUUAUAAGUUCAACAUUGUCGGCGAUUUUAAAGUCCAUUGCUAGCAUCAAAUGUUCACUCUGAUGAUUCGAGAUCAAUAAAGUAUGAUUGAGUUUGUUGAUGCAGCGAAAAACCCAUGAAAAAAUAUUCCCCUUGAAGAUUUUUUAUUCGCUGCCCGCUAUUGAACUCCUGGAAGCCUUCAACGCGCACUCGACUAUCUUUUUGGCAGGAUCCGCAACCAACCAUCACGUCUACGCAGCGAACAUAAGGGCAGGGCCAACACACUCUAUUGACUGAGGACCGUUCAGCUACCUGUACGACCAAGCUCAUAGCAACGUAUCCUAUGUACAACAUGACUACAUACACACCUGUCCCAACAAAUGCCAAGGAUGACCCACCUUUGGGCUGUUACCCACCGCCCGGGGAUCAGGCGCCCCCCUCCCAGCCCCAGUUCCGCGCCUACAAGCAGCGGUGGCUCGUCAUGCUGGUCGUGGUGCUGCUCAACCUGUCCAACGCUGCUAUGUGGAUCACAUACGCACCUGUUGCAACCAUCGUACAAGAUUUCUAUGAUAAAUAUGAUGGUCAGGUUAAUUACUUCUCCGUGGCUUACCUCAUCGUCUCCAUGCCCUUUGUGUUCAUCUGCACCUUCGUCGUGAACAGAUAUGGACUUGGCCCGACUAUACACUUAGGCGCGGCGCUGAACUGCGUGGGGUCGGUGGUGAAGGCGCUGGGCACCUCAGCCUUCAUAGAGAGCCAGGACACGCAGUACGCAGUCAGCCUUACGGGACAGUGUAUCGCCGCCAUGGCGCAGUCUUUCCUUCUCUUCAUCCCCACGAAGGUGUCGCAAGUUUGGUUCCCGGACGAACAGCGUACCAUCUCAACGACAAUACUUUCCAUGUCCAACCCCUUGGGGAUCGUUUUGGGGGAGGUUAUAACCCCCGCCAUCGUCAGGGUCCCCCAAGACGUGCCCACGAACAACUACGUCUGGAUGGGCUUUGCCAUCCUCACCCAGUGCUGCACCAUCGCUUGCAUCACCAGACUGUCAUUACACGUCACCCAGCAGAUGUUGUGUGUAGUGGGUUACUCAACGACGUUCAGUGGCUUGUCAACUGGCCUGAUGAUCUUGGUAGGGUUCGCCGGAUCAGCGGUCUUUGGUAUCUACGUCGACAGAACCAAACGCUUCACUCCGGUGUGCAAGUUCUGCUACGCAUGCGCCUCCAUUUGUGGCAUCGCCAUGUUGGAAUUUUUCCUCGUGCCGGACGCGAAGGCCGCCAUCCUGAUCUUCAGCAGUUUGUUCGGCUUCUUCGGCGUAGGCGGCUACCCCAUCGGGUUGGAGUUGGCGGUUGAGGCCACAUACCCCGUCGAGGAGACAUUCAGCACUGCCUUCAUAUUCCUCGGUGGUCAAGUCUUGGUGUCGAUCGUAAUGCUGAUGUGUGUGCUCGCAAUCCUCGUCUGCAUCAUGAUCCUGUUCCUGGACACUCCCUACAAGAGGCGAGAAGCAGAAUUGCAGCACCGGAAACCAAGCGAAGGAGUCGUUAGAAACGAGUCUUUCAAGAGUGAAUCUAAAGCUUCUUCCGUUAACAGUUCUGUCAACGGAACAAUAAUAAAAACCACAGCGCCAUGUCUACCAGAUGAUGUAGUCUUCAACGACCGAUUAUGAAGAACACUUGUAGAGUUAUAGAAAAUCAACGAUUGAUAAUGGAGAACGUUUGUAGACUUAUGGAAAACAGAGUCGCUACAGGCAGUGGUACCCACAGGUCAGCCGAAGAAUAUAUCAAUGUAAUUUAGUGAGGAUUUUCAAGUAAGUUCAUCUUAGAGACAGAUUUUAUCUGCAUGUCUUCAAGACUAUAGUAAAAUAAGUGUGCAAAAGCAUUUACGCAGACUUAGGCCAGUAGAAUGCCAAAAAAAUAUAACUCAGUACUCACUGCAGUGAGAGAAAGAGAGCGCAU